AUGAAGACCUCAAGAUUGGCAAAAUGCAAAAAAACGAAGAUCCUUACGCGCCGUGACAAGCUUAAUCGGCUCUUCACGGAUGAGAAGAUAUUCACCGUGGAACCACUCCGAAAUGCACAGAACCAACGGGAACUACGGCUAGAAGGAACGCAAAGAGUUGUUAAGACUGAAAAAACCCACCUUCUGCAGCCGAAAUUGGGGUCUGGACAUGUUCAAAAGGGAGUUAAAAUUAAUGGCAAAACAUAUCGAGAACAAAUCUUGGAGGCUACUGUGAUUCCAUAG